AUGAAAAUAAUUAGCGGCUCUACACAUAAGAAGUUUGCCUUAAAAGUGGCCGAAAGACUUCAAAUGUCGAUAACAAAUACUAAUUUGAGUCGACAUCCAGACAGUGAAACUGCUUUCGAGAUCAACGAAUCUAUUCGUGAAAAACAUUCACCUCAAAUCCAAGGCUUUUUCAAUAUAGGUGUCGAUAACUUAUUUGCUGAGCCAUUGAUUAUGAAAUACAUAAAAGAAUUGAUCCCUAACUGGAAGACUGCGGUCAUUGUCUCUCCAGAUGCCGGCGAAGCUAAAAGAGCCACUUCUAUGGCAAGUAAACUGGGGUUAGAUUUAGCUAUAAUUCAUAAACAGAAGAAUCAUUUAAAGCAAAUCGAGUCAACAAUAUUAGUGGGAGAUGUGAGGGACAAGUCCUCGAUCAUUGUGGACGAUAUGGCCGACUCGUGCCAUACUUUGGUCAAAGCCACUGACAAACUGAAGGAGUCGGGCGCCACCAGAAUAUAUGCCUGA